AAGCCAACAUAUGAUCAUCAAGAAAUCAUCAAGUAUCAACAUUAACCUAGCUAGCUUAUUUCAAUUAAUAAAACGCCUAACUUCAAACUUUUCUGAGAUGGCUCUUAAUGCUCUCUUGUUCGCGGCGAUGAUGGCUGCCGUAGCUGCACCAGCUUUUGGAUCCGACUUCAUUGUUGGAGACGACGCCGGCUGGAAACUCAACGUGAACUACACCGCGUGGGCGCAGGGAAAACAAUUCCACGUCGGAGAUAGGCUGAUUUUCAAGUACACACAAGGAUCUCACAACGUCCAAAGACUGAGCAACGCCGGCGACUUCCAAGGGUGUACGAUAUCUGCUGCAUCUCCUACCGGAAGUGACAUAAUUACCCUUGCUAGCCCGGGCCGGAAGUGGUACGCUUGUGGCGUUUCAGACCACUGUUCGAAAGGGAUGAAACUGGCCAUAAAUGUAAUUUCAGACUUGGCUCCGGCUCCGGCACCAGGAUCCGACCCAAAGAGCCCCGGGAAUUCGGCAGCUAAUGGAUACUCCGGCUUCAUGUCUUGGGCUUGGGCUCUUGCUGCUUUAGUUCUCCACAAAAUUAUCAUCGCCUAAAUACCUGCUCCACAACACAUGCAUGCUCUAUUUUAAUUUGGUGGUUUUUAUAUAUUUUGUACUGUCUGAUAUAAUUGUUCUGAAAUUAUUUUAUUUUUUAAGCUUUCGAAGUUUAUGUUGUUCAGAAUUAUAUUUCGUGUCAACUUGUAUUGGCCUCGUUGCUUGAAGAGUUAUACACGUUAGACGGUUCAACAUAAUUAAAUGCAUGAGUGAAUUUUCUUGAAUUGGUAUUUGUAUAUUGUAUGCAUGGGAACGUGUUUAGAUUUAUUUUUUAUAUAUAAAUUAAAUAUUAAUUCGAUUAUUGUAUAUAUAGAAUAAUAGUAAUAUAUUUUAGCUAUAAUUGACAGCUAAAUACAUAUAAAAAAUUACACAAAUUUUAUGACUAAUAAUUUUACACAGUUUUAAAUUACACAUAUUAAAACUGACAUGGCAUAUCAUAAGUUCAACUUGGACAAAAUGAUCAGUUUAACAAACUACAUCAUAUAGAUCGCACGUUAAAACGUCUUCGUUUUAUGAAAGUAAAUGAAAUAACUCAAUUUUUUUUGCUAUUUGUUCGACUAAAUGUCUCAAAGAAGAACUACAUAUAAUUUGUCAUCUUAUUUUCCUAAGUCAAACAUUAUUAUUUUGCAUAUUA